GUCGUUUUUAAGCGCGCCAAAACUACUAAAAAUUAUUUUUCAAUCAGGAUAAAAAUAUUUUUAGGUAUUUAAUAUACAAUGAAAACUGAAGCAGACAUAAGUGUUCGUUGGAUUGGAAAUUACUAUGAUGAGAAUAUCCACCAUAUUGAAGAAUUAAAACACAAACAUAAUUUAUACUUCUACAGGAAAUGUGCUUUAAAUAAGUUAAUAAUUAAACAAAAUGACAUUAUCUGUCUAAACGACACUGUUCGUGGAGAAUUAUUUUCUUAUGAAACAUGUUCCGUAGCAAAGAUUUUAUACUUAUACGAAGAUACAUCAAACCGGACUCCAAUCUAUCGAGCUUCUGUUCAAUGGUAUUCGAGACCAUCAGAUUUAAUUCGCGUAGUGGAUAAUCCUGGAUUGCUUAAUACUCUUGAUAAGAAUAAUGAAUUAAUAGAGGAGUGCAGAUAUUCAACAGAAAUUUCUUUUGACGAUAUUUUUGAUGUUGGAGUAAUGCUAUCUUCAAAAAACGAAUGUUUACAACUGCACAAACCUAAAGGACGCUUUUUCUGCAAUUACAAGCUAGAGAAAAUAGGCAAAGGCAGAAAAUAUUCUUUAGUAAACUUGAAGCCGGAAACCAGCGUUAAAUUAAUUCUGCGCCGAGUUUCAAACGAUGAUAACACAAAUAAUUUGAAAAGUCCCCACGAUAAUUGGGUAGUAAGCCUUAAUAAAAUUAAUGAAAAUGACGAUGAUCUUGUGUUGAAUGCAAUUGAAAAUAUUUCUCAAAGAACACCGAAACGAAUCCUAAACAACAAGAUGCACAAAUAUGAGACACCAGUUAAAAGACGUUCCAAAGUAACAAUAGAAACUGAAAACAUUAACAGCGACCAUGAUAAAGAUUCCUCGCCAGAAGAUAAAAUAAAAAAAAGUGGAAAGAAAGCGGAGAAAUAUGUUCCAAUCACACCUCAAACGAAAUCUAUUUCACGAAGAAAAAGUAUUUUAAAAACACCAACAAGCUCAAAAACAAACACACCAAGACGAAGCAUUCAAUUUUCAAAAGUCGUUGAAGAAUACAAAUACGAAAAAAAGAACGUGAAAGAAAAAUGUGAGGCAGCUGAUGAAGUUUUAGGUUUAUCUUCAGUUCGAAAACGUCUUCACGUUUCUUCUGUACCUAAAAAUUUACCAUGUCGUGAGAAAGAAUUUCGCGAAAUUUAUUCAUUUUUGGAAGGAAAUUUACUUGAUAAAAUCGGUGGAUGUAUUUACAUCUCAGGAGUUCCAGGAACAGGAAAAACAGCAACAACUACGGAAGUUAUGAAAGCUCUUAAAGAACAGGUUGAGGAAGGCAAUUUACCUGAUUUUGAGUUUGUUGAUAUUAAUGGAAUGCGAAUUACAGAACCAAGAAAAGCAUACGUGGAAAUUUAUCGGCAAAUGACAGGAAAAACUGUACCAUGGGAGCAAGCUUAUAAUUUACUUAAUAAACGUUUUUCAACUCCAUCGCCUCGUUUACCAAGUACAAUCCUUGUUGUCGAUGAAUUAGAUAUUUUAUGUAACAGACGACAAGAUGUUGUUUAUAACAUUUUGAAUUGGCCAAAUUUAAACGCUGCACGUUUGAUUGUGGUUACGAUUGCAAAUACAAUGGAUCUGCCAGAAAGAGUUCUUAUGGGAAGAGUUUCAUCACGUUUAGGACUCACGCGUUUAACAUUUCAACCUUACUCUCACAAGCAAUUGCAAGAGAUUGUAGCAUCUCGAUUAAACGGCUCAGACACUUUUAAUAGUGAUGCGAUACAAUUGGUUGCUCGAAAAGUUGCAGCUUUAUCAGGUGAUGCUCGUAGAGCUUUAGAUAUUUGCCGACGUGCAUCAGAAAUAGCAGAAAGUGAAGCAAGCGAUAAAAAAAGCGCACUGGUUUCGAUGUCACAUGUUCAACAAGCUUUGAAUGAAAUGAUUUCAUGCACUAAAGUGCGUGCUAUCAAAUCAUGUUCAGAAAUGGAAAAACUGUUUUUGCAAGCGGUUUGCAUGGAAGUAGAACGCAUUGGAGUCGAAGAAGUUCUUUUCCGUGGUGUCUAUAAUCAGUUGAAAACACUUACAACACUUAACGGCUUUGAAGUUAUUUCAGUAGACAUGGCUCUCGCAAUUUCAUCACGAUUGGGUGCAUCAAGACUUCUCAUCUGUGAACAUACUAACAAGGAUAUUUAUCAGAAAAUUCUCCUAAACAUAAGUGCUGAUGACUUUUAUUACGCAACACAAUUGCGCAAUCAAGAGUGAAUAAAAAUUAUUGUUUAAACUUUUUAGAUUUAUUGUAAGAAAUUCGUUAACGAAGACUUAUGAAUAAAAUUUGUUAUAACAAAAUUAUUUAUAA